AUGGCGUUUGAAGAAGUCUCCAAUAUUCCAAUAAUAUCAACAAACAUAGACGGAAGAGCCAAUGGAUUCAAUCAAAAUGUUGAAGAAGAAGAAAAUCUGACUAAUCUAUUACAACCGUCAUAUGCAAGCAAAGAUAGAGAUGUCAACAAAAACGGUGGACCACCAGUUUUUCGAAUACAUGGACGAAACUUCCACUACAUUGGUAGUCUUUUGCUAGUGGACGGGAAACGACUACAUUUUGCGCAGUUGUAUAUCUAUGAUACUAAUAAUGAAUUGGUUAAUCGGCUCAGUUCCGUAAGGCCAGACGGUGAUCUUAGUGACAUCCAUGAAGAAAUUGUCAAGGAUAUUCAACAAGCGUUGGAUGCAAAUAAUGUGUUGGUCAAGUCCUUCAGAAUGGCCCGUUCAGAAAUAGACAAAAAUCCUGUGGCUGAGGUAAAGAUAAAAUUGCUUGGUAAGAGAUCAAAGGAUGCAAGAACUUAUAAUUUGCCGCAAGUUUCUGAAGUUGCUGCAUUAAUUGUUGGGGAUAUUGAUGCAAAUAUUGGUGAGCGUGACAUCUUAGUGGAAACAAAGAGUGGCCUAUUGCAACGAAUUAGUGAACUAAACCCAGCGUACUUACCAAUGCAAUACCCGUUGUUGUUUCCUCAUGGUGAGGACGGUUAUAGGGAAGACAUCCAGUUUUCCACAUUAAAAGGAAGCAGUUCAGGUGGUCGUGAAAGGAUUAGUCCGCGGGAAUACUUCUCAUACCUCAUCCAGUCAAGAUUGUCGCAGCUUUCUACAUUACUGCAUGCAAAAAGGCUUUUCCAACAAUUUUUGGUCGAUGCGUACACAAUGGUUGAGUCAGGAAGAUGGGUUGGAUACCCGGAUCUCUUUAUCACAUUCACAUGCAAUCCAAAGUGGCCUGAGGAAGAACAAGUUGUUCGGACCCGUCAUUGGAGUUAUCUAUACCAUCGAAUUUCAAAAGCGUGGUCUACCGCAUGCUCAUAUACUGUUUUUCUAGAUAAACAACAUGGAGCAUCACAUGGGAUACAUUUGGACAACAUAAUUUCUGCUGAGUUACCUGAUCCAAUACAAGAUCCAGAAUACUUCAAAUUAGUGGAUGAGUUUAUGAUGCACGGUCCUUGCGGUAGAGCUCGGUUGAAUUCUCCAUGCAUGGUGAAGGGUAAAUGUACUAAACACUUUCCCAAAAAGUUUGUUAAUGUUUCUACUUUUGACGAUGAUGGUUAUCCUAUUUAUCGAAGACGUGACAAUGGUCGUUCUAUGGUGAGAAAUGGGAUUAACUUGGAUAAUCGCUAUGUGGUGCCACACAAUAGGCAUUUGUUGUUAAAGUAUAGAGGUCAUAUUAAUGUGGAAUGGUGCAACCAAUCCCGUUCAAUAAAGUACCUGUUCAAAUACGUGAACAAGGGUCACGACAGGGUGACAGCAGAGUUCUACCGAAGCAAUAGUGAGGAAGAGGAACCGCAAGUGAUUGAUGAGAUAAGUAUGUAUUAUGAUUGUAGGUACAUAUCUCCAUGUGAAGCUGCUUGGCGUUUAUUUGGUUUUGAAAUACAGUUAAGAACACCAUCAGUUGAACGGUUAAGCUUUCACUUGCCCAAUCAACAGAGUGUAGUUUUUGCAGAUGAUGAUCCGGUUGAUAACAUACUCAGUCGACCAACUAUAUUAGAUAGCAUGUUUCUGGAAUGGUUUGAGGCAAAUAAAACAUACCCAGAAGCAAGGAAACUGACAUAUGCUGAAAUGCCAACGAAGUUUGUAUGGAAAAAAGAUAUUAGAAAAUGGCAUCCAAGGAAAAGAGGGUUUUCAAUAGGUAGAGUUUUCUAUGUGCUGCCUGUCAGUGGUGAGAUCUUCUAUUUGCGAUGUCUUUUGAAUAAAGUUCAAGGGCCUACAAGUUUUUCAGAUAUAAGAACAGUCAGUGGUGUGCAGUACGAAUCCUUUAGGGAUGCGUGUUCAGCUAGAGGAUUAGUAGACGACGAUAAAGAGUAUGUUCAUGCUAUUGAAGAAGCAGGUCAGUGGGCCACAUCUGCGAAUUUGAGAAGAUUGUUUGUGACUUUGUUGAUGUCCAACUCAAUGUCAAAACCUGAAGUGGUGUGGGAAGCUACGUGGAACUCUUUGACUGAAGAUGCACAAUUCAAGAUUAGAGAACAGACGGGACUUGGAUAUUUAAUUUUAUUUGAGGAUCAAAAAAAGAAUUAUGCACUUUCGGAGAUAGAACUACUUUUGACAACUAUGGGAAAGAGUUUGAAAGACUUUCCUUCAAUGCCCUCUCCUGAUUUACAGUUUCUGGACAGAACAACCAAUAUGUUAAUACAAGAGGAAUUGUCAUAUGACAUUAAUGCAAUGAAGGAAGAGAAUGAUAGUUUGGUGGACCAACUCACUGAAGAGCAAAAGGCAAUAUAUGAUAACGUAUUGGACGAUGUUGUGAAUGAGUUUGGGGGAUUAUUUUUUGUGUAUGGAUAUGGUGGUACGGGUAAAACCUUCUUGUGGAGAGCAUUGUCUUCCGCUUUGAGGUCAAAGGGUGAGAUUGUUUUAAAUGUUGCAUCAAGUGGCAUAGCUUCGAGGUUUGCAAUACCAAUCGCUGUUAAUGAAGAUUCUACUUGCAAAUCAGUCAAAGCAGUCCGUUGGCACACUUGA